ACUGAUCCUGCUAGAGGCUCGUUAGAAGCUUGUUUUACGACUGUUUGAUAACAUCUUUCCCAUCCCAUUCGUCGUUAUAGCCUGGUGGGCAUGAAUAUUCGUAUGCUUUAGCACCGGGUGGAGGGGCCUUGGUGGGGGAGGGGGGUAUGAUUACAUAAUCUUCUCGGUCAAAUGCGAACUUCACCGCAAACCAUUCCAAUUACCCUGUUUUCUUAUCAAAAGGGAUGAACAGCUUCUCCUUCUCCUUCUCCUUCUACUUCUUCAUACUCCAUUGAACAAGAGUCACACAGCCAGCAAUGCCUCCUAUUACAUGCCAUGUUCUGGAUACCACCAGAGGCAAGCCUGCGUCUGGAGUAAACGUUGCGAUCUAUAGAAUCGGUGAUCUGCCUACAGACGGAGAUGAGCUAGUUAUUCAAGACGUGGAGCCAUUCGCAGUGGCAAAGACAAACUCUGAUGGCAGAGUGACACAGUGGUCAUUCCACCCAAACAGGGAUCUAACACCACUGGGGAUCGUGGACGGUUCUGAUUGGCAGACGUUGCAACCCGGUAUUUACAAGAUUCGAUUCCAGACUUUGAGCUACUUCAGAUCCACCGUAGGCUCCAGCGACGCCAGUUCAAGAACGUUCUUCCCCUUUGUUGAAAUCAUUUUCAACAUAGACAACCCACCAGACGAGCAUUACCACAUCCCGUUGCUGUUGUCGAACCACAGUUACACCACUUAUAGAGGUAGUUAGUUUCUAUUAUGAACCUGUGUAUUGUACAAGU